AUGAUAUCACCCACGACCAUCGAAGACCUACCCAAUGAAAUCUUGAGCUUCAUCUUCAAGAUUCUUCAUGAUGACCUCACCAUAGAUCGCGGCGGGCAUGGGUCUCCUAUCUCCGACUCACAACAUGAGGACGACGACGAGAACGAAAGCGUGGAUGACAAAAAGGGCCGCGAGGAAACUCAGCAGAACGACGGAAGUGAGGAUGCAGACAGUGACUGUGGCGAGGAGGACGCAGAUGAAGGAUCCAACCAGGGAUCUGAAGACGAUGGAGACAGCAUAACAGGCGACCUUCGGGACCCCGCUUUAUUUCCUAUGGCCAUUGCUCGUGUUUGUCAGCGCUGGUGGGGUAUUCUCGAAGGUUUUCCGAAAUUUUGGACACGCAUUGCCAUUGAUACUUAUUGCCAACAAAUCGACCCUCGUUAUCUUGGACGACUUUUCCAUAUUUGGGUGACCUAUCUUUCGCCAUCUUGGUCUUCUGUCGCCGAGAAAUACCCUAUCCAGGCUAUGGUGGCGAAAUUAGAGUACCGUCCGGAACGAUGUUUUUACAUCGAGCUCGACACAAAGCUAUCGGGUUAUCUUGUGUCAACCCUCUUCAAUUUCCUCUCCAUAACCACCGAAUCUGCCACCAUCACGUCCUGCGUUCUGAAAGGGUCCUUCAAACCUUUCUUAUUCAUCUUUAACCCCAUUGCCGUCAACAUCCCGGCAACGACGGAUAUUCGAUCUCUCCACUUCUGGAAUGGUGAACGCCUGAGCGUUCGAAAUUGCUUCUGCUUCGACGACAGGUUGCUGAGAUUCCUUUCCGAAGGCGGUGUGUGGUACCAUGAACUGCGCAGCCAGGGAUUCAAGCCUGAGUUUGCGGCGUUUAGCAUGACCGAGUUCGACAUUCGUGAUUACGAGAACUUUACGUUCAGAGCACUGAAGCCUGAAGGGAUGUAUACGGCGAAUCUACCACCGCCAACGACGGGCAUGACUUCGACCCCUGAAUCUUCGACCUCUGUUCUCCAGCAACCGAUAGGUAUCAUAGGCGCUGGCGUCGCAGGUCUUAUUUGUGCGCGCAUCCUUUUGGAAGACGGUUUCACAGAUGUCACACUGCUCUCGCGAGACCGCUCAGUGGGUGGAACAUGGGCGCGAGAACGCAUUUACCCUGGGCUCCAUAUCAACAACGUCCAUGGCGAGUACCGUUUCUCAGCGCUCAGCAUGCCACCACCAGCAGAUCCAGAAGAGGGUGGCGGUCGUCUAUCGGGAGAAGACAUGCGCGACUACGCGGAACGCUUCAGUGCGCAGUUCCUUGAUGAAAGGGCGAAGUUCAAAUUCCGGACGGAAGUGAGGAAUGUUGCUCGUGGAACCGGGGAGAAGGAAGGUUGGGAUCUGCUGGUGGAAGAUCUGGAGACAGGUGGGAAGGAGACGGUAUGGUUUGCGAAGAUCGUUCUGGCAAGUGGGGGUUGCAGUACUCCUUCUAUCCCGCCGGCUCUAUCCCAGACCGCGGCCAGAGAAGUAGGGUACAAAGGCAUCGUUGUCCACUCGACCGAGUUCGCUUCUCGAGUGGGCGACAUCCUCUCUGCCGUUCCACCGAUAUCAGAAAGCAAGGACGCAGACGGGGUUGUAGUCGUUGGCGGCGGCAAGUCCGCGCAAGACAUCUGCACUCAUCUUGCGAACCAGGGUCGCAAGGUGACGAUGGUAUUCACGGAUGUCGAGCCUUUCGUAGGUGGGCCCAAGCCUUUACCCGCAUUCCGAAGGCAAAGCCGGUUCAUCGCCGUUCUUACCCCUCAUAUCGUUCUCAGGACUCGCCUGGAGCGGUUCCUGCACCAAACUUCCAUCGGAAGUACAUUCGUCCAUUGGUUCUUCAAGAAAAUCCAGACCGUAGCCGCAGAUGCCUUCGCUCUGCCAAUUGACUCGCCUCUGCGCUCGCGUCACAACGUUUUCUGGUGCAUUCGUCUGAGCGACGAGGGUGUGCCUUUCGCAAAGGGCUUCCACACUUUCGCCAACACAGGAAAGAUCAAACUCGUCUCACCAGCUCAUGUUACCGGCUAUGCACAGGAUGGCCAGUCCGUUCUCAUCGACAACGGAACGUCGAUCAAGGCGAAAGCUGUCGUUCUGUGUACGGGUUAUCGGAGCUCCUGGGAGCGCAUAUUUGGGGCGGAGGUAGCGAAAGAAAUAGGUAUCGACAAGCACCUACCUACAACCGACCUAAAGACCACUUGGGACUAUAAGUCCCUCCAAGGUGGCCCGCCUCUCCGUGCAGAGCACCAAGACGAAGCAUUAGUGACCUCCAUCCAUCGUGGAAUUGUGCCAGCAAAGAACCUCCAUAAGCGCGACUUCGCAGUUGCCGGCGCUUUGUUCUCGGCCAACCCGGGAUACACGUAUGAGGUUGUCGCCCACUGGAUUGCGUCGUACUUCCGCGGAGACAAGAUGCGUCUGCCCUCCUCGAUGGAGGAGGCCAUCGUGCUCGCGGAGGAGCGCUCGGCAUGGAUGAAGGCCCGGUUUCCUAACAUGCUUGGAUGGGUGAACGAGAGUUACAGCGGUUCAUAUGAUUUCUGGACAUGGCCACAAGCAGCAGAUGAACUACUCGAAGACAUGUAUCUUCCGAGUAUGAGAAGCGGUGGUAAUUGGUUCAACUGGAUCUUCAAGGUCAUCAACCCCAAGGAAAUAGCGAACCUUACGGAGGAGCGGCGGGUGAAACGGCACUUUGAUAAUUGGGCCCGAUAG